UAUUCAGUUGGUUUUUUUUAUAUAAAAUUCUUUCGACUUUUGAAUUUUCAAGAAUUUUUCGUCAAUAUAUUUUUAAAUAAUUUUGUUUUAAUACAAAACCGUUAAACUCAUUCUUCUGGUUCAAACUUUUGAGUGCAAAUUCCAAACACCCUGCAAAAAUACCAGCUUCAGAUGCAAUUAGACAAAAUUUCAAAACUAUAUAUAAAAUUCGAACAACAACAAGAAGAAUAAUGUCAACAAAAUCCACCAGCGGCUCUCACACUCACAGACAAUUAAGUACACGUACUUCCGACAUAGAUGCUUUGGCUCAGAGAGGCUAUAAUAUUGGUCCUAAAAUCGGUGAAGGUUCGUAUGCUACAGUCAUUACUGCAGGGUAUGCCGAAGACACUGGCAAUGGUGUGCAUUUGGCCUGUAAGAUUAUCGACAAGGCCAAGGCUCCCUCGGAUUUUGUCAAUAAGUUUUUCCCACGAGAACUAGAGAUUUUAACUAAAAUUGAUCAUCCUAAUAUCAUACAAAUUCAUAGCAUUUUGCAAAGGGGUCCCAAGAUUUUCAUUUUUAUGCGUUAUGCUGAGAAUGGUGAUCUACUGACGUACAUUAAGAAAAACGGUCCGGUGGAAGAAUUACAAGCCAAAGUUUGGUUUUUGCAAAUGGCUAAGGCUCUAAAAUAUUUACAUUCUCAUGAAAUAGCCCAUCGAGAUCUCAAGUGCGAAAAUAUUUUACUCUCAAAACGUCUUAAUAUUAAACUAGCUGAUUUUGGUUUUGCCCGCUAUUGUUGUGAUGACUCAGGACGUGAAAUUAAAUCAGAAACAUAUUGUGGCUCAGCAGCCUAUGCUGCUCCAGAAGUGGUUUGUGGUCAUCCUUAUGAUCCGAAAUUAGCCGAUGCCUGGUCUUUGGGGGUAAUACUCUUCAUUAUGCUCAAUGCUAAAAUGCCCUUUGAUGAUAGUAAUUUAAGUAAAUUACUCGAAUUUCAACGUAGCAAAAAAUAUUCUUUCCGCCGGAAAUUACAGGAUAAAAUUUCAGCACAAGCUAAGGCUACGGUAGCGGUGCUGUUGGAACCUGAACCUCAUGCUCGUUGGAAUUUAAAAGAAAUUCUUAACUGCAGUUGGCUGCGUGCCGAGGAAGAUGAAGCGUUGCUUUAAAUUAUAAAACAUAUUAUAAAUAUAAUAAAUUUUGUGAGUGUUUUGAAAAUUUGGUAGAGUGAGUUUUAAGAAUUUUGUCAAAUUUGAGUUCCUGGGCAGUUUUUAUUAUUGUUAAAAUAAUUCUAAAAUAUCCGUUUAUAAAGUAUGAAUGAAUCAUGUUUAUUUUGUACGAUUUUUAAGUUUUGGUGGCAAUAUAGUUCUUAAAUUCUUUAUAUUAAUAAAUACAUCAUAUUAGCACAAAAUUAAAAUUAAAUAAAUAAAUUUGAAAGUAA